AUGACAGUCGGCGUCGCCAGACCUCCGUCAAGGCUUUCCCCUAGCAGUCGCGCCCCCACCGUGCGCCGCCGCGGCCCUGUGACUUGCGGGGUGGAACUAGGGCAUGCGCGGAGUAGGAGUCCUUGUGCUGGCUUCCCCACGGCACCCCGAGGCCUUUUGAACCCUCUUCUUAGUCCUCGGCCUUUCUCGUGCCCGAUCAGAGUGGUCGCCACCGCCGCCACGCGUCCAGGGCGCCGCCGUGACGAUCCUCUGACCGAACAAAGCUCGGGCGGUCGUGCGAUGUCGCGCGUCGUCGCCACCGUCGCCUGGUGCCCUGCCUCCCCUCCCAGCGACCCCAGGAGACCCCCGUCGCCGAUCGGCGCCGCCCCUUGGCCACCGUUGCCGGAGAAGCUGAGCCCUAGCUCCCCUCACCUCGUGUGGGAUAGGGCAUCGCCGUUCGCUCCUCCGGUUGCCUCCCGCCGCCGGCCGAUGUGCGUGCCGGCUCUCCCUAGUUGGCCGCACCCGCCCGCUGCCGGCACUCCCGCCACUGGAGCCCCCUACCGGUCGGACUGGAGCUGA